AUGGCGACUCCGUUGUCUCUGCUCUCCUGCUCUCCAGGGAACUCUUGUGUCGACAGCUACCCGUUCACGCUCCAGGCCUCCUUCUCUGCUCCUUCUGCGUCGCCUCCCUUUCUCCAGCAUGUCGUAUGCAACAGCACCGCGUCUCGACUGUGCGUGUCUUCUUCCUCGCGUUCCCUGCUGUUCCUUGACCCAUUCACCUUCUCACCAACUUCCGAAAUUCCCUUCGCGCACGCCUCCCAGAUCACCCAUCUCUCCUUCUUCUCCUCCUCGCCGCACGUCCUCGCCUCCGCCUCGCAAGACGGAACUGUGCGCCUCUGGGACUCCCGACUGCCGUCGGCUGCGCCGUGCGUGGGGACUCUCCGCCUGGCUCCUGCGGGGAGCACCGACGCGGAAGUCUGGACGGUGUCGCUGAACAGCUCGGAUUCGCUGCUCGCGACGAGCGUGAAAAACAUCUGCUGGCUCUUCGAUCUCCGCGGGGGAGUAAAGUCGUGCUCGGGACGCGAGGAGGCGUCUGCUCAGGCGCCCUGUAGCGGGCGACGGAAGAAAGGAAAGGACAAAAAGGCCGAGUUCGGCCCGCAAAACGCGCUCGCGCGCGUCGAGGCGCACUCCGACACGGUCACUGCUCUCCUCUUCCACCCCACUGCUGACCACCUCCUCUUCUCUGGAGCAGAAGACCAACUCGUCUGCGUCUACGACCUCACCCGAGGCAAAUGGAACGGUGAUCUUCCGUCUUCGUCCGCUCCUGCAGCGCCGGGAGGCGACAGCGACGAUCUGCCGGACGAAGAAGAAGACCGGAUGAUGGUCGGAUGCUUUUCGCACGGAAGACCGGUGAAGAACCUCUCUGUCCUGGGCCCCGAGGACGACUGCAUUUGCGUGACGAGCCCGAUGGAAGACGUCGCCCUCUGGCACCUCUCUGGUCUCGCGCAGAAGUUCGCCUCCGCCGAGAGAGAAGAAGAAAUGGAGACCGACGGAGAGCUGAACGGACAAAGGGAGAACGCGGGAUGGCAAAUCGAGAAGAAGGCCGACUGGCAACAACUCAGAAACCACCCUGCUCUCACGGUGGCAGAGAGCGGCGGAUGCAUCAUCGAAAGCUUCUACGAACACGCAUCCGGCAGACUCUUCCUCCUUGCGGGCAGCGUCGAGGGGAACUUGGUGCUCUUCCACGCGAACCUCGACGGUCUCCUGCCUGCGGCGCAAUUCGCCGUCCCGCCGACUCGCUCGGGCCACACUGGCCUCGUCAGAGACGCAACGACGAUUCCCUCCUCCUUUUCCUCCUCCGCAGCCCACCUUGCGUUUCCUGCCGGUGCGCCUUUCUCGUCCUUCGUCGUGGUGACUUGCGGGGAAGACGGACGCCUGUGUGCGUGGAAGCAGGAGCUGGCAGACGAAGAGGACUCUCGCGUCGCACCCGCCAAACAGAAGCGCCUGAACAUCCGAAACCACCGUUGGCCAAAAGGAGACAGCAGCAGAGACGCGGACACGCCUGGAGGCUCACCUUUCAAUUCGAAUCAUGGCCGAUGUGCACCUUACUGA